CCCGCUUUCGCCGACCUAGACCAACAUGCUGCAUGGGAGGGGGUGCAUCAAAAGAGUUUGAAUACUUAUGUCUCAUAGAUAGAAGAUCACUGUCUGGAGGUCUGGUGUUAGGAUUAGCUGUUCCCCUCUUGAUUGAUUACAGCACUAAACUACCCAGGGUAUCGAUCCUGAGUGCUGCCAUCCCCGUUGAAUAAUUUUUUUGUAUAAAUAUCGCACUAAUCAACAAGGGCAAUAAAGACCGAGCUGCAACUCGCUCCACCGCGGAUAGUGAUCUUGUACUACCUUUAAAAUACAACAGAACCGAGUAUACAACUCUCCUCAAAGAAUGGGGACUCAGCCACAGCCACAGGACCUCCUGCCGCAGGAGCACCACUUGGUAGACCUGCCACAGCCACAGCUUCUGCUGGUGUCGUUCCAGGAGCAACCCUUACCCCACUUGGUAGGCCGGCUUCUGCUGCUGUCGUCCCAGGUGGAGCGGUAGUAUUGCCGAAAAAGAAGAAGUUGAAAAGGAAAAGCCCAGCUGUUUUUCAAGCACCGCCAGAGCAAGACGAAUUUUCCGAUUGUUACUAUCAUUAUGAAGUAGCGCCGCUGUAUACAUAGAAGUUGUUGUUGAGCAUUCUUGGCGUGUUUGUUGUAUAAGUAAAAUUGAUGUCGAGCAGCUGUUUCGGUCCUCGUGGUCUAAGCUAAGAUGAUGUUACUGUUACUGCUAGUACUAGUGUGAAAAUUUUUCAGAACUUCUAAUAUCACGUUAGCAGUCGGCCACGUGCUGGGCCUGGCAGUCCGGCUGCUGCCACGAAGAGAAGCGUGCGCCAGUCCAUAGCCCUCACUAGACCAAAGACUGCGCAGCAAAAGUCAGCCUAUGAAAGGCCAAAACUGACGCAGGAAGACAAUGGGGCCGGCUUGUUUUUAGAAGUCCGCGAGGAGAGUUAUGACGAGCCAACGGGUGGGCUUCGACAGUCGAACGACCAUUCAGCAGAAGAGCUUAGACGGAAAGACAGGGUCAUCAGAGAAAACAAACGGGAACAUCAUGGUGCUGGAAGUUAAGAACUUAUUUUUUCACUUAGGUGAGUUUAAGCAAGCUUAAACUUGUGAGUUUAAUAAGUAAGCUUAAACUUUUCAACUUGAUAAAUUUGUUCUUGUACUACGGUUUUGUCCGUAUUUGCUAUUUCAACAAUAUUUGCUAUUUCAGCUUCCAGAACUCUGUUUCUAUUCCAGGUAGUUUACUACUAGGUGAGUUUGCUCUUAAUGAUUUUCAUAACUUCUCAGUUCGCCUAUUUUCUCUAAGAAGGACGAGCCAACGCUUCUGGCAGUGCGGGAGAGAAUGGUGCAUCAUCCAAGAUGGGGGAUUUUUUUUUCAUGAGAAAAAAGGGAAAGAAAACCGAUGGUGGAGAACACGGACAAGCUUAUGGAUGUUCAAUUUUCAAAAGGAUACAAACGAAGAUGAAUUAGAAUAAGGUAUCUAUACUAGUAUCUAUAAGUAUCUUCAGUCUAUUCAUUGUAUGUCUCUAGACCUAGUACUACACCUAGACAUGAUUAGACAGUGAAAUAAUCAACAACACAAAUAACAAACAGUUUCUUGUUUAGCUACCUCAACCUCAUCGCUCGUCUAAGCAUCUGGCUACCACAGAGAACAGACACUUGGUAGUGUUUUUCGAAAUGAGGACGAGCCGACACGAGAAGAGUACGACGAGGAAGUAAUAGAACACAGCGACGCCUGGUAUCCGGAUGAUCGCACUAAAAACUUUAAUCCGAGACGCGAUAUAGAAAGAGAAAGAGAAGAUGGUAUGGCUGAGGUGGGAAAACUAGUUUUGCUUACUGUUGUUAAAAAAACUUAAACUUCAUUAUCAUGUUAAAAAACUUGUAAAUGGAAGAAAUGAUAUUAGCGCUUUAUUUAGAUAUAGUCCUCGUAACUCACUAGUCGGAAAAACAGAAAACCUGUAGUACACAAAACCUGAUAAGUGAACAGGCCAACGCCUAAACCACUAAGCCAACUGCGCAGUUUGCUUAGCGGUUUAGGCGUUGGCCUGUUCACUUAUCAAAACCGAAGGAAGCUGCUUCUUCAUUUCCUGCGAAGUGGUCGAUCUUGGCGAGGACGAGGAUGAAAUUGAGGACGGCCCCCCUCCUCCUCCACCCGUUGUUCAAGAGCCAGAGAUUGAAGGUACUAGUUGAUGAAAAUUUGUUUUCUAGCAGUUUUUGUAGGAGUUUUUGGAGGAGUACUACAAUGGGAGGUCUUAGGCUAGGAGUACUACAUGGGACACCAUGAGAAUGAAAGACAUCCAAAUCGUGUUGAGGUUCGUCUAGUUUGAAGAUCUCCCAGAUAUCGGAUAGAUUUUGCACCUCCAUGAUGAACUUCAAUUUACAGAUAUAUCGCAGUUUCAUCGAGGCGAUAGUGCGUUUGGCUUCAUGGAUGCGGAGCCGAGAAAAAAAGAUAAACCGGCCAUGGACAUUAAUAAGGUACAAAAGAAAAAGAUACUUAGUAUUAUCGAUACUUCUCACUACAUGUUGUACAUUACUUAGUUUUAGCAGAUUCUUGACAGAUAGCCAUAGCCUCUUCGUUUUUCUAUCUUCCUCUGGUCUUACUUUGUUUUUUCUAGUUAGGUCUGCUCCACGACAAUUAUCGAUACUCACUACAAUUAGCGAGACGAACAUCUUUCAGGUUAUUAGAUAGACAUCUUCAAGGUAUUUUUAAGCCGUGACCUUGGAACAAAAACAACGGAACACACCAGAAUCUUCUUCCACCCUCCCAACAGAUCAUGAUGCGUAGUAAAGUCGUGACGGCGAGUGCGAUGGAUACUGAUAAUGUUAAGGGAUACAAUUACCGCAUAACGUGAUCCUCCACUAGCAGGUAUGUAAAAAUUUUUUUGAUUUCUCAUACGUGAUCCUCUACGACUACUAACUACAUUCUUGUUGUCCUUUGAAAAUGAUACUAGGCUCUAAUGGGGUUCAGGACAUGGCUAGGAGUAAACUCGAAAGAACGAUGGAGGACGUGCCAAAAGCGAAAAAUGCGCCAGCUAAGAGAUCGAACGGUGGUUUCCUCGUUCCCUUAGAGGAUCAGGACCCAGAGAGUGUGGCAGCUAGGUAAGUUAUUACUUACAGGUUGGACCACUAUUAGUAGAAGGAGGCGUACAAGAGAAAGUAUAGCCUGAGAAACAAAAAAAAGAUAGCCUGACUAAGUAUUUAACUUGCUUAAGUGCCUUGGAAUAGUAAGUUGUAGUAAGAUGUAGGUAUAGUUGUAACUUGCUUAAGUUUGUAGUAAGUUGUAGGGUAGAUGAGGAGCACUGCAUUGCAGCGCAUGAUGGCUUGAUGACCAAUUGAAAAGGAGCCGACGCGACUCACUAUGCAAAAAAAAAAAGAAGUUGCAAUUAUUGGGCCACUAAUGGUAGAAGGAGGCUAAGGGACUGCACCCGUCGCCGACAGGCACACCGGAUAUCACUGGGGUCGCCCUUUUGGAGAUCUUGGCCUACAAAAAAAAACUUCGUUGGCAUCCUGAAGUCGUCGUCUUGAGCUUGGACUUACUUAUUCUUAUCAUUCGUCGUCCUGAGCUUAUAAUCAUCCAUCACCAGAAGUUGUACUAGAUGUUAGUUGUGGAUUGCUCAAUUUAUUUGCUUUCAGAUGGAAUCCGCCUCGCUACAUGCGGCAUCUGGUCACGAAAACGAGGAGGGAGUUUGCAGGCAUAGAGAAGCUGGAAGAAGUGAGCAACGAUGAGCUAUUAUCCCAGUUGAUUUAUGGCUACCGACCAUCUUUAAUAUUUGUCAAUCUUUAAGGAUAGUCUUAGCUACAUAAGAGGUACCAUGACAUGACAUGACAAGUUACUUUCAUCCACAAGAACGUAGUUACUUUGCUAAUACAGUAGUUUUUUAUACAAGCUGCUAGUAAUAGUAUUGACCCGUAUAUACUCUUCGUUCCUUUAAGGUUAAUAAUCGCGACUAUGCUUUUUAUUUCUUAUGAGUCUGUCUGUCAGGCUAUGCAUAUUAGAUGCAUGGUUCUAAUGAAUGCUGAUGGGAUCGGGCGAGGAUGCAGACCGGGAAGAAGUUGGGCCACAAUAUUCUGACUUCGCUGGUGUCUCUCACUGGACCUACAGAGCGCCUUUCAACCACUUCAUGCUUGUCAUCAUCAGUAUCUUAUGGACCCUCUGGAACUAGUACUUGUGAUCAUUCCUAGUACUUGUGACCAUUUCUUUUCGGAACAUACUAUCUAGCGCUGAACACCUAGCGAUGAAGAAUCUUCGUACUGGAACUAGUACUUGUGAUCAUUCUUUCGUUAUGUUUUUGGAAUGUACUUACUAGGUAACGAUGAAGAAACUUGUGAUCAUUCCUUCGAUAUGUUUUCGGAACGUACUAGCGGCAAACUGAUCGAUUGAUUGACUAGUGCUGAACACCUGGCGAUGAGGAAUCUUCGUACUAGAACUACUAUGAAGAAUCACUGAGGUCACACGAAGCACGUUGUAGACGGAAGUAGUGUGGAGUAGUCUUUUUUACCCCUGGUGUGGGUACAUUCAUCCACUCACUUCAGCAUACUAGUUCUAGUGCUGCUGAUCAUGAACAUGAUUAGGCUGUUAUGUCAGCACGUUCUUGAGUGGUCAUUUUUAUUGGCUUGAAUAUCUCGUUUUUCCUCAUCUUCGGGAGAAAUCAGCAGCGGCGACCUUCGUGAGAAAUCAUUUACGCCUAGUAUUUCGGCAGGAUUUUAGAAGCACUAUUUCGAAGCUGCUCAUUACCAAGAACUGCAGCACCUCUAAUUAGGCACAUACAUACAGACAGACAUACAUACAUACAUACAAAGGUAGCAUACAUACUCCUAAGCCGUCCAACCUGAUCCUGUGUGCUAUUGAUUUUCAUCUCUAAUGGCAAGCAUCAUCGUUGUCGGUAUUGAAGCGGACAUGGUUGCGUCAAAGGGCAAAGAGGUGAUGGAUCCCCUGCUUUCUCAGAGAAUAAUCUUUUACGCUCUGGAAAAUCUCACCGUCUUGAUCUUUAUUUUAAGGCUCAGCUUUCAAUGGUCAUUGGGGUUGGUCACUGAGAUCCCUCUUGAGGAAAGAUGGGGGGAAAAUGAAGGAAAAGCAAAGGGAGAGGCAUGGGGCCCAUUUCUUUCAGAGUCAGUGACCAUUGAAUGCUGAGCUUUAACUAUUGGCGAAUUCAGCUGUCGGAUACGAGCACUAGGACUGCAAUACUUCGACGACCAGAAAUGGAUGUUUUGUGCCCUGUUGAUGAACGUGAUCGACAUCUACCAAGGUCUCUAUGCGUAUAGCGGAUUGCUCAAUUAUGAUCAGAAAGAUGAUAUGCGCUUUUACUUUUACAAUUCAUAUCUGCCGAGGACUUGCAAGUUGUCUCCCGUAGCUUCCUUUUAUCCCCCCGAAAAUAGUUGGUUUACAACCUCCAGCUGGUACUAACUUAGCCGUUUAGGCGUUAAGCUGAGUACUUGAUGCAUGUAUCUUUCAUAUCUUCACUGCGUUCGUGGUCUGUAAUAAAUUCAUUACGACUAAGCUGUUGUACAACAGUUUCCCCUUCCCCACUAAGGAGAAGGGGAAACUGUUGUACAACAGCUUAGUGAACUCAGCCCUAUACUCCACUAACUAAAAACUUUCCCCAGGAGCCAGCCCUCUAAGAGUAAAUGGGCUUUCUCAUCCGGUUCAAACGCUUUUUCAGCCUCAAAGAAAUGUUCUACUACUUCCCGACACUGAAAGUGCACAUGCGCAGCUACUUCUUCGUCCGCAAGGCAGCGCAAAUCGCAAGCACUGUGCAGUGGUACUGUUAGCACAGUAGAAGAUGGCAGGUAGUAGGAAUGUGCAGUGGAGGUAUUUCUUUCACUGUUGACUACUUUACAUCCACGACACAACUAAACUCCAUUAGGUCCGCUAGGCUCGGGCUACCGCGCGUCGCCAAUUGAUUGAUUGAUUGACUCAGCGGGAACACAGACGUGCUCGCACAGUCCAGAGUUGGCCCUGGGUCUGUUUGUUCCUCCGUUAACCAGCACCGCCGCUCGUUAGACGGCCGCAUAUUAUUGAUUGAUAUACUCACCUCCAUUUCCACACAACACGUCGACCUCCAGGUGCGCACUCCUGACCAUUUUGUUUGCGAAUAUCAUGAGCAUUUUUCAUACGGACAUCAUCAAGAAAGCCCACGUCGAUCUCUACGAGAGCAUGAAGACUACCGGAUUUGCGUACCGUAAGUGGUUCGGCGUUUCGCUAAAUACGUUUCAGUUAAGCUCCGAUGGUCGUGGUUACUUAGAUGAAUAAUACUAUUCAAGAUACAGACAGGGACCAAGACCAUCACUAGAUGAAUAUUUUUGAUACAGAACUACGAACAUCACACUAUUAGAUGAACCAAGACCGUCACUACUAGAUGAAUGAUGAAUAUUGUUGAUACAGAACUUUACUACGAACAGACACAAACAGACCGCCACUUUACUACGAACAGACGCAAACAGACUGUCGACAGUUUCGAAAUCAAUACUGAUCAGGGCAACACACCACGACCUUUCUUACAUCUAACUCCGAGUUUGAUGAUGAUCAUCGUGUGGGACAAGGGCGUGAUGGAUGGCACCAUAAGGCCCAUUAUUCAACUUAUGGCUCACAACAAUUCCUCUCAAGAAGCAUCUUCUUUGGCCCCUUUUUUAAGGGGAAAACUACGCAUGAAAGAUGCACUUCCUUAUAAAAAAGAUGAAUAUACAUAGCUUUGGUAAUAAGUCUAAUGAACGGAUUCCAUUUUUGAUGUACACGUUUUUCCUCAUCUACGCCUUUGGCACGAUGGGCAUCCUCAAAGUCCUCGGUGGAAGCAUCGUGUCUCAUGCCGUCUACGGACUGGAUACGAAUAAGAAGGUGUUGAAACAACUAUUAGGAAAACAACUACACGAUUUUUAGUUGUUACCACUAGGAACAAUGCAAUGAUGGUACUAAGAACAAUGCAAUGAUGGUACUAGGCUGCUCCAUGUCAUAGGCAAUGAAAGAUCUUACACCCCGCGAGUGGGUACAUCUAUCCAUCUAUCUAUCUAUCUAUCUAUCUAUCUUGUUCAGGUAGCAUACGAGAAAGACAUAAAGAACCGGCAAGCGGAAGUGAUGACACUCAGUCAGGAUUUCCAAAAGGCAAUUAUCGAUCCCGAAAUCGGCUUGGCCGAUGUUGAAAAAGUGCAGAGGAUAUUACAUG